AUGAGAUAUAACUUUUCGCCUAGUCUAUGGAUACUAAUUUAUCUUAUCUUCCUUUGGCCUUACAAACGUUUCAACUGCAACGACAUCUGCAAAAACCCUGAUUUGCUCAACUAUGAGAAUGUCAUUAUUGAAAAUGACACAUAUCAUUAUUCUCUUCAUUAUAAGUAUUCAAUGAGGAUUCAACAUAAUCAACCUCAACCAGUUCCGAGUGAACGUUUUAAUAAUGAGAUAUUUGGCAGAAGCGACCGUAGUCCUCAAUUCUCGUUUAGUUUUUACGGUUAUCACGUAAAAGAAAUUUAUUUUCACGAACAUC